AAUUCUGUGGGUUUUAACUUUAACUGUUUGUUGAGACAUUUUACUACAUAAAUGUCACACUUUUGAUUUGAUCUUCACAUAUAUUUUCUUUUCAAGUUACCGACCACUGUUAUAAUUAUGCAUGUUUUACGUGCCUAAAGAAUACCUCCAAUAUUUUCUUGGAUAAAAGUUCAGACAAGACAUAAACCGGAUCAUGCCUGGCAAUAUUUACUACAAGCACCCAGACUACGAAAACUAUGAACAAAGACUGAAUUCAUUCAACGGAUGGACACAUGCAGAUAUAGUUCAACCCGAAGAACUUGCGUCAGCAGGACUGUUUUACACAGGAACCUACGAUUUUGUAAAGUGUUUUUCAUGCGGUACUGGAAUGCGUAACUGGGAACGCGGUGAUGACCCCUGGAUAGUGCAUGCGCAGUCCCUUCCAAAGUGUCAAUAUGUUGCAGAAAUUAAAGGACCCGAGUUCAUCGAUGAACAUGCUGGACAAAAUGUCGAAAAUCCAAAUGACGAGGAAGAGGAUAACGCACCUAACGGUUUGAUGCCUUGCCGAGUGUGUAUGAACAAGAAUUCAAACACGGUGUUCGUACCAUGUAGCCACAUGGUCACAUGUGAAACUUGUGCACCAGAAGUCGGUCAGUGCGUUGUGUGUCAAGCUCCCAUAAUUGAACGCAUUAGAGCGUAUAUGUCAUGAUUACGUACUGAUACUUAGAAAAUAUGUAUGAAUGAAUGUGAUAUUGUAUAAUUAUAACGUGAAGUAACAUUUUUGUCUCUUUUACGGUUUUAUGAGUUGUGUUUUGAAACUUAUUGAUUUAGACAAAUAAUGGAAGGAAAAGUUUCA